CACAAUAGACAUAUGUACAUCGUGUUCUAUUGUUGUGUCUCAUCAUCCUGGAACAUCUAUUAACUAUGGGACGUCACUGUUAAUUACUACAAAGCUCGCGCAUCCUGGUGGGUACAAUUGGAUGCAUAUGUGUCACCGAUUAAAAGGCCAACCGGAAGAAUAUGCACUUGAAACACAUCUACACAUAUAUAUAUACAGUGUCUUCUCCGCGACUACAAUAUUCGGAUCGUCAGUGUAAUCACACACAAACUGACCUCUCAGUGAAUAAAAUAGUCUGAUCGUCAGUGUAACCACACACAGACUGACUUCUCAGUGACUACAAUAUUCGGAUCGUCAGUGUAACCACACACAGACUGACUUCUCAGUGACUACAAUAGUCGGAUCGUCAGUGUAACCACACACAGACUGACUUCUCAGUGACUACAAUAUUCGGAUCGUCAGUGUAAUCACACGAACUGAUUUCUCAGUGACUACAAUAUUCGGAUCGUCAGUGUAAUCACACACAGACUGACUUCUCAGUGACUACAAUAUUCGGAUCGUCAGUGUAAUCACACACAGACUGACUUCUCAGUGACUACAAUAUUCAGAUCGUCAGUGUAAUCACACGAACUGAUUUCUCAGUGACUACAAUAUUCGGAUCGUCAGUGUAAUCACACACAGACUGACUUCUCAGUGACUACAAUAGUCUGAUCGUCAGUGUAAUCACACGAACUGACUUCUCAGUGACUACAGUAUUAGGAUCGUCAGUGUAAUCCGCCAUAUAUUCCAGCGAGUUCAAAGUUCCUAACCAAAGUAUUAUAAAACAAGAAAAUAUAUUUCCAGUGACUAAAAUGUUCGGGUUUGCAGUGAUGUGUUGUAUAUGGCUUUGGUGGAUCCAGCCUUCAUCAGGAGAGCCAUGUGCUUACGAUGUACAUCUAAUAGAGAACAACACUGGAUUAUAUAUCACAUGGACUACACUAGGACUAAACUGUGGCGAUACCUGGCUUCGAAUAGAUUCCGUUGGUGAUAUUGCGCUUAAGUCCUCGCCUAUGCUGGUACAGCAGGGUUCUCAUCCGCAUGUUAUAUGUAGGAGUACAAGUUGUGAUACUGUCAAUGAUAUCACCGUCAUUCAAGUGACAACUACCACGACGACUCGGCUAACAACCUCAGAGCCUCUGACACAGACACCUGUAGAUAGUGGAGAGGUAGAGGAGACCCCUACAUCCUUAGUGACGAUAUCUGUAGUCUGUUCAGUCGUGGUGCUGGCGAUUUUGGUUGGCGUACUUGUAGUGUUUGUAGUCAAAAGACGUCGGACACAUCACAGAAAAGAGGUAGUCCCGUUGGUGAACAGGGAAAGGACGCUGAGACGAGAGGACAUUGAACACAGAGUUAAUUUGGACGAACAUGAAAAUGAAGAUGGAAACUACGCCGAAAUAGGCGCGGUCAGCCACCUACAAAGUGACAUGAAUACAGCGAUGGUACAUCCACAGGACCCAGAAGAUCGUCCUGUUGUAGGAGAUAUGUAUGCAGUCGUGCAGAAACCGACAAAGACUGCAAAGAAUAAUGUUGUUGAUGAUCCCAGAUCAAUGUAUGCCCAGGUACAGAAACCGUCGGCGGCUGAAAAACGCCUGAAGCUACAAGAGGACGACAACAAACCUAAUCAAGAGGUUUCGCGACAUGAAAACAAAGACGGAUUACUUUAUAUGGACGUGGACUUCAGUGACACACCUAAACACAGCGCCCAACCUUUAAGUAUUCCCCAGAGUGACUGUGAAUAUGCAGAUGUGGAGCAUACAUGACAUGAAUAUACUGGUAGUAUAUACAACAGAGUUUGUACAGUACUACAAGUUUAGCCUAUAGAAAGGUUAGACUUUUGUUACUGGGUCGAUAUAACAUACACAAUUGCAACCUUAAAUUCCCGAUGGAUUUAUCACUAGGAUGACCUAUAUGCCGUUAGACAUGUAAACUCCCAAAUAUAACACUUUCAGUGGUGUAAUCUCGGAUAAGAUCUUUUCUUUCAGUCAGGUUAUUUAUAUAAUAUCGUCCUUCAUUCAGUUACGUAGCACUCCACAUAUCAUCAAUCAGUUCAGGGAUUUAAACUCCCAUUUAUAUAUUCAUUCGGAGAUGUAAAUCAUCUUUGACCUAUUCAUUCGGCGAUGUAAAUCAUCUUUGAUCUAUUCAUUCGGCGAUGUAAAUUCUCUUUAAUCUAUUCAUUCGGCGAUGUAAAUUCUCUUAAAUCUAUUCAUUCGGCGAUGUAAAUUCUCUUUAAUCUAUUCAUUCGGCGAUGUAAAUUCUCUUUAAUCUAUUCAUUCGGCGAUGUAAAUUCUCUUUAAUCUAUUCAUUCGGCGAUGUAAAUUCUCUUUAAUCUAUUCAUUCGACGAUGUAAAUUCUCUUUAAUCUAUUCAUUCGGCGAUGUAAACUCGCCAAAACUAUUCAGUGAUAUAAUUCCCCAGUUAUCUAUUCAUUCAGUAAUGUAAACUUCCAUAUGUCAUUUAUCUAUUCAGUAAUGUAAACUCCAAUAUAUCAUUUAUUUAUUCAGUGUUGUAAAUUCCCAUUUAUGCAUUUAUUCACUGAUGUAAACCCCCUAUAUCUGUUCAGUAAUGUCAACUUCCAUAUGUCAUUUAUCUAUUCAGCGAUGUAAACUCCCAUUUAUAUAUUUAUUCAGCAAUGUAGACUACCUAUUUAUGUAUUCAUUCAUUGAUAUAAAUUCCCAUUUAUAGAUAUGUAUAUUCCUUCUGUGAUGUUGACUUCCCAUAUAUGUAUUCAUUCAGUGAUAUAAAUUCCCAUUUAUAUAUGCAUUCAGCGAUGUAAACUCGCAUUUAUCUAUUCAUUGUAUAUUUCAAUGAUGUUUUUUAACCAAGAGAAAUUUUCUACACGUUAUUUUACCUAUUUUGAUAUUGUUUAUUUACUAUGUGUACUAUUUUGAUAUUGUUUAUUUUCUAUGUGUGUUUGUUUUUUCCCAUGAUUGUAUCAUUGUACAAAAUGCUCAAACUUUUAGCAUGGAGUUGUAAUGAAAAUAAAAAUGAAUAAAUACGAUUUGGAAAACAAAACAAAAGAUGUUGAUGAGACAAGAACCAUUUUGUAGUCUUUCUACUCGUCUUUCCUCUUAAAUACCUGUUCUAUUGACGUGUUCUCUUGAAAUUAAGUACUUACCAAAAGUGAAUCCUAUAUACAUAAAAUGGGAAAGUCUAUGCUUGUGAUUAUUUACACUUCAAGAUGAAGAUUGUGAAUAUAUAUUUACAUUCUG